AAUUGAGCACUAUGACAGCUUAAAAUGGGAACAAAACAGAACAUUUCAAGUUCAAUUGUACCACCUUCUAUCUGGUUUUGACCAGAAAGAAAUAAGGGAGUACAUAUCCUUUUCUGUUCUGCAUGAAAGCUGUUUACAAUGGAUUUGUGGCAACAAGGCAUCUUGCUGAGUAGGCAGCUGCUGCAGCUAGUUCUUCUCCAUACAGCCUGGGAGAUGGGGAGCGGCCAGCUCCAUUAUUCUGUGCCGGAGGAAUCCCAGCAUGGCACCUUUGUGGGCCGCAUUGCCCAGGAUUUGGGGCUGGAAGUGAGUGAACUGGUGCCUCGGAUGUUCAGAAUGGAAUCCCAAGGUGAUGGGGACUAUUUUGAGGUAAAUGUUCAGAAUGGGGUUUUGUUUGUUAAUUCCCGAAUAGAUAGGGAAGAGCUAUGUGGCAAGAUCUCUGUUUGCAUCAUUCAUCUAGAAGUGAUUGUAGAGAAACCUCUGAGGAUCUUUCAUGUAGAGGUGGAAAUCAAAGAUAUUAAUGAUAAUGCUCCCAGUUUUUCUGUAAAUCAGUUAACCUUCUUUAUAUCAGAAGCAACUGCAUAUGGUUCUCGCUUUUCUCUAGAAAGUGCUUCUGAUGCAGACAUUGGCAAAAAUGCCCUUAUUGAGUAUAAAAUCAGCCCAAGUGAAUGCUUUGUUAUUGACACUCAGAAUAACCAGGGGAAAAGCAUGCUUUUGGAGCUUGUUUUAAAAAAGAAUUUGGAUAGAGAAGAUAUCUCUUUGCACCAUUUAUUGCUUACAGCAACAGAUGGGGGUCAACCAGAACUCACAGGAACAGUACAGCUAGUAAUAACUGUGUUGGAUGCAAAUGACAACAGGCCUGUUUUUAAUCAGUCAGUUUAUGAAGUGAGUUUGCUAGAAGGUUCUGAUAGUGGGACCCAUGUUACCACAUUAGAAGCAACAGAUCUUGAUGAGGGGCUUAACAAGGAAAUUAUCUAUGGCUUUAAAAGACCUUUAUCCCUCACUGUUGAAACUAUGUUUGAAAUUGAUCAGAAUACUGGGGAGAUCAGCUUGAAAAGAAAACUAGACUUUGAAGAAGUAAAUCUUUAUGAAGUUCAAGUACAAGCUAUUGACAAAGGACAACCACCAAUGGAAGGGAAUUGUAAAGUGUUGAUAGAAGUUCUGGAUGUGAACGACAAUAGCCCUGAAAUAUUACUGAAGUCACUUUCAGUGCCAGUUCCUGAAGAUUCCCCACCAGGGACUGUGGUGGCUCUGAUCAGCAUCUCAGACAGGGAUUCAGGAGCCAAUGGAUAGUUCUUGUCCAUGAGGCCUCCGGGCUACCCUUCAAACUAC